AUGUCCUUGAAAGGCCAGACUGCCUAUGUAACAGGCGGUGCCAGCGGCAUUGGCCGCGCCGUGACUGCCAUGCUUGUUGAGAAGGGCAUCAAAGUCUAUAUCGCCGAUUUGAACAAGCAGGGCGCAGAGAGCGUCGCCAAAGAGCUAAACGACAAAGCUGGCAGCCAAGUGGCAUGGUCAGUCGGGGUUGACGUAACGGACUGGGACUCUCAAGUCGCAGGCUUCGAAGCCGCAAUCAAAGACUUGGGCGGGCGCAUCGACUAUGUUUAUCCCAUCGCCGGCAUCGCUGAAGUGAGCUGGCUGCCGAACCGGCCGAAUCAGAAGGGCUUCGUGAAACCGAAUCUUAGCGUCUGGGACGUUGAUGGUACCGGUGUGCUCUACACCUGUGCUAUAGCAAUCCAGCAAUUCCGCCGACAGGAGCCGAACAACUUCGGCUCUCGAGGCAAAAUCGCGGCCGUCUCUUCAGUUCGCGGUCUUUACGCAUGUCCUGCUAUGCCUGUGUAUAGCGCGGCCAAGUUCGGGGUUGUCGGCUUCGUGCGGGCCUUUGGAAAAUUCCUGCCUCGAGAGAAGAUUUCCAUCAACGCCAUCUGCCCUGCUAUCGUGAAGACCGGUAUCAAUAUUGGUCGCAGCAAUUGGUAUGAGGAAGCUGAGAAGUUGGACCUUGUUGUGAAGAUGGAGUCGCUCAUCAAUGCGUUUGAGUCUUUGCUUGGAGGUUCCGACGUUUCGGGAGAUCAAUUUGCGCAUCAACAUGAUCCGCAGCAAUGA